AUGUCAUUUGGCUUGGAUGUGACGGAGGCAAUGCAGGUGACGUCCUCAGGGCCACAGACCAUUAAAAAGUCUGAGGGGGAGACCGUCAUCCUGGGAUGCACCUACACCCCCGGCACCGAAGACACGGGAGAGCUGGACAUUGAGUGGUCCUACGUCAACCCAGACAUGACAAAGAUAGACACACUGAUCGUGUCAUAUACAGGGGGCAAGAUGUACCAAUACGGCAACGUUGGGGUCUCCAAAAGGCUGAAAUUCAUCGGGGACCCCAAGCAGGGAGACGCUUCCAUCUCUUUCGCUGAUGUGAGGUUCUCAGAUGCGGGCACCUACAAGUGCAAAGUCAAGAAGGCGCCGGGUGUGGACAUGAGAAAAGUCUCUCUGGUGGUGCUGGUUCCCCCAUCAGUGCCAAAGUGCUGGGUUGAAAGCGGAGAGGAGAAAGGUGGUCCUGUCUCCCUCCGCUGCAAAUCCUCUCUGGGAUCCACGCCGCUCAGUUACACAUGGAAGAGGGAGAGUGGAGGUGUCAUGCCAUCUACUGCAACCCAAGACCCACAGACCGGGGAGCUGUUGAUAAAGAACCAUACAGACGGCAACAUCGGAAGUUACAUGUGUGAGGCACAAAAUGAAGUCGGAAAAGCACAGUGUAAAUAUGCGCUGCAUGCAUACAACCCUACCAAUAAGGCGGGUGUCAUAGUUGGAGCGGUGAUCGGUGCUCUCCUGCUGCUGCUCCUCCUCCUGCUCCUCAUCUGGCUACUGAUCUGCUGCUGCCAUAAGCGUCGCUAUCAGAAAGAGGUCGCGAACGAAAUAAGGGAGGACGCCCAGGCCCCGGAGAGCAGACCCACCAGCAGACCCACCAGCAGAACCUCCAGCUUACGCUCGGUGUUGGCGUACCGCACCCACCCUGGGGUGCAAUACAGCUCUGUGAGGAAAAACCUGCCCAGUGUCAGGGAAUCAGGCCCCAGUCCCGUCUACUCUGGCAUAUCACAGCCAGCUAUUGCAGGGAACGGCCGUCCUUCCCUCAAAUACGACCAUCAAUUUGGAUACGCUGUGUAACUACACUCCAAAUGCCUGAUAGACUUUUUUUUACUUUUAGUAUAAAACUACGCCUUCUGAAGUAAAAAAAAAAA